AUGGAAGAGACACCUGUGAUCAUAGACAAUGGCUCGUAUGAAAUCAAGUUUGGCCUGGCCAACCAAGAUGAGCCUCAGAGGGCUCUAAACUGUAUUGCCAGAGAUAAGUAUGGCAAUUUUCAUCUUUCAAAUCAAAUCAAUGCGAUCAAAGACAUUUCAUCUGUAGCAUUCAAAAGGCCACAUGAGUUGGGACAACUUGUGUCGUGGGAACUCGAAAAUCAAGUCUGGGACUAUUGCUUCUACAAUCCAGAAGAGUUCAAUGGAUGGUCUUUGGACUCAACUAGAGGGAAGCAUCUCGUAACUUCAGAGUCUUGCAUGACCAUACCAGAACUUAGUAAAAAUAUGGACCAGGUGGUUUUCGAGGAGUGUGAAUUUACUAGCAUGUUCAAAGCUCCUAUACCGACAUUUGUUCCAUUUUCCGUCAACGACAAAACAACAACUGUGCUUCAAGCCAAGAGCGAUCAUAGCAGCGGCAAUAGCACCACCCUUAACGAUGGACCAGUCGAGCCACAAACACAAGACGGCCAAGAUUAUAACAAUUUCCAUCUGGUCAUUGACUCUGGGUACAACUGUACGUGGAUCGUACCGGUAAUCAAAGGAGUUCCAUACUACAAGGCGGUGAAAAAAUUGGACAUCGGGGGCAGGUUUUUGAACGGCUUUCUACGGGAAACACUCUCGUUUCGGCAUUAUAAUGUCAUGGAAGAGACUAUUCUGGUGGAUAACAUAAAGGAGAAUUGUCUUUUCAUGAGUCCGCACUCUUACUUCGAUAGCUUUCAAUCCAAAUCCAAGACGGCCAAAGAAUAUGUGCUCCCGGAUUUUAACACCAGUUUUAAAGGCUAUCUCAGAAAGCCAGGGCAAAAGCUACCUGAGGACUCGCAAAGCAUCGUCCUUCAAGAUGAAUUAUUUUCUAUUCCGGAGACUUUUCUACAUCCCGAAAUUGCUUCUUUACUGAGUCCGGGAAUAAUCGAAACGAUAUUGGAAAGCGUUUCUAUGCUCCCCGAAGCCCUUCGGCCGCUUAUGGUCGGAAACAUUACUGUAACUGGGGGGAAUUUCAAUAUUCCAAAUUUCGCAUCACGUCUAGCCACAGAAUUACAACGGCAAUGUCCCACCGAUUGGUCUUGCCGAGUGUUUGUUCCACGAGGCGAUAAAUCUACAUUUGGAUGGCAGUGUAUGAAGCAGUUUGCAAGCACUCAAAGUUACUUUGAUUCGCGUGUGACAAGAGAAGAAUAUUACGAGCAUGGCGUUGAAUGGUGUACAGCAAAGAGGUUUGGAUACCAGGCCUGGUUGUAA